GCAACAAUGUCGGCGUCCACGAAGGGACGUCGAGCUCGAGGCCAUGAUAACGCUGCAUGCUCGUCGUUCUCGAGGACGGGACGGACCUGCCGCGAGUCACUUGUUAUCUCCCCAUGGCCACGAUCAACUCUGAGUCCAUAACGUAUUUAUACUGUCGAGUUCUCAAAGCCUCAUGUUUUGCAUCUUGUCCGAGUCUGACGCGUUCGACAUACCCUUGGGUCUCAGAGGUGGCCAGAAAUGUCUCUAAACUGGCUUGCACUUCGAGGACUUUCGCGCAAUGUACUUGGCCCCCAGACGUCGUACAGGAGCGGUAUUUUAGCAAGAGGCUUGAGGACAGGGGCUCGUGGCGGUUCUGGCCGGAGGUAUUCACGUCUAGGUGUUGCUGCUGCUGGAUUACUUGGAGGUUCGAUAUACCUCGAAUGGCCGCCGAAAGUGUACGCAGAUGAGCUGGACAGGCCGUCGCAGAUGAAGGAACGGUCACCCACGCCGCUGUCUACACUCAUCAGGACCUACGGUGUUUAUUCUAUGUGCUCUAUACCAGCCCUUAUCGACUGGGCACCAUCCAUUCUCUCUUUUAUGUCCUCGAUUCCUGUGGUCAGGCAGAUAACGGAGGCAUUUGUUCGGCAGACGUUCUUCGCCCAGUUCGUCGGCGGUGACACUGCGGAAGACUGCAUGCCCCUCCUCGAACAACUUCGUGCAGAGAACAAGGGAUGUCUCUUCGCCUAUAGUGUCGAAGUAGACGAGGAUGAGGCUGCUGGACAGACAUAUGGCAAGACGACGGUUCCGGUCCACAAGCGCAUCGUGGAUGAGAUGAUUCAUUCGAUCGAUGUUGCUGCCAAUUUUGAGAACCAGUACAUUUCGGACAAGUCGUCUCCUGAAGGCCGGAGAACGUGGGUCGCGGUCAAGUUGACUGCCAUGACACCGGACGCACAGGCGCUCAUCAACUUCUCAGAGUACCUUGUGAAGACUAGGCCGCCUCUUUCGCCUCCGGUCGCAUUUCCUGGAUGUCCAAGAUCGACAGAUAUGGAUGCACUGAUUGUGGGGAAGGUGAUCCCCGGGUCACCGUUGAGGGAGCAAGACGUCGCAGACCUGAAGGAGCUGUAUCAAGAUUUGGCCAGAAUAUGUGUCUAUGCGCAGGAGAGGGGCGUGAGGCUGAUUGUCGAUGCGGAGUAUAGUUGGUAUCAGCCUGCAAUUGAUGCGAUCACCUUGUCGCUGAUGCGUCAAUUCAAUAAACUUCCCUCCCGACUGUCUACCUCUCGUGCCCCUUCGCCCGUCCAACCACUAGUCUAUGCCACAUUCCAAGCUUACCUUCGCCGCACCCCAGAGUACCUCUUGCAAUCUCUGAAAGAUGCGGAAGCCGGCAAUUACGCUAUCGGUGUCAAGCUCGUUCGUGGAGCUUAUCACCCACACGAAGUCGCCGCGCACCCCGCCUCCGCUUCCUCAUCAACGUCUCGGCCACCUAUCUCUCCUUCCGCUCCGCACACGCUUUCUAUCUCACCCGAACCUCUACCUCCGGUCUGGCUCACCAAAUCUGAGACUGAUAUCUGCUACAAUUCGAUGGUCAUGGUUCUAGUCGGAGCGAUUAAGAGGGACAUGGAUACGAGGAAGAAGAGAGGUGGUAUCCCGGGAGUUGGUGUAUUGUUUGGGAGCCAUAAUUGGGAGAGUUGUGAUCUGAUCCUGGAGGAGCUUGUGAGACAGGGUCUCGCGAGUAAGACUAUUGAAAGGGACGGAAAGGAAGUGAUCAUGAUUGGAGAUGAGCUUGGCGAGAGAGUAACGAUGGCACAGCUUUACGGCAUGAACGACGCGCUGGGGAACUCUAUCGUCGACAGGACGAGGUCUUCGUUCCCUUUUUUGAUCAAGUAUAUCCCUUACGGUGCACUCUCCGAGGUUAUGCCAUAUCUUAGCCGGAGGGCUAUCGAGAAUAAGUCGGUGCUGGGUAAUGGGCAGGCUGCGGAAGAGAGGCAGAGGGCCUGGGCUGAAAUUCGCGCGAGGAUAGUUGGGUAGAUCUCUUUCUUGCAUCUGCUACGAUUCUUCAACUGUUG